GGAAGUUGGAACACGAAAGGUGAAAAACAACCGCUCACUACCGUUCCUCCAUUUCCCGCUUACAAGAAGCGAAACUUAGUCGUGCAACUGAGGAACUUAGGGUUUAGUCUGAUUUCCAUUUCCUUGUAGUCUCGUACUCCGCUAUGGAAGAAGAAGAAGACGCUACUGGAGUCUACAGGCCUUCCAUGGAAGUUGAGCAAACUUCAACGGACGAAAAGUUUGAACUGGCUGAGGAGCUUACUAAUACUCAACAACAAUGCGCAGCUGUUGCCGAGAUAGAUGCGUCACACUUCAUCGGGGUUUCUCCAGUUGUUGCUGAUGUAGCCACUGUGGUCGAAGAAGAGGGUACGCGUAGGACGGAAGUGGAGAUAGACACGGAAGAAGCCGAGGCUACAGAAACGAGCAGAAGUGGCGGGGGACUUAAGCGAGGUAGGCAGUCACGGGUCCAGACAAAAGCCCCUUCAAAGAGGAAGGAGGAAGAAGAUCUUUGUUUCAUAUGCUUCGAUGGCGGGAACCUUGUACUUUGUGAUCGUCGGGGCUGCCCUAAGGCGUACCAUCCUACUUGUGUGAAUCGAGAUGAGACAUUCUUCCGUUCCAAGGGUCGCUGGAAUUGUGGAUGGCAUAUAUGUAGCAUCUGUGAAAAAUCUGCCCAAUUCAUGUGCUAUACAUGUACAUAUUCUUUGUGUAAAACAUGCAUUAAAGAGGCUGAGUUCGUAUCUGUUAGAGGAAACAAAGGUUUCUGUGGGACGUGCUUGAGAACAGUUAUGCUGAUUGAGAAAAAUGAGCAGGUAAGCAAGGAAAUGGGUCAAGUAGAUUUUGAUGACAAAAAUAGUUGGGAGUAUCUCUUUAAGGAUUAUUGGGUAGAUUUGAAAGGAAAGCUGUCAUUAACUUUUGAUGAAGUCACACAAGCUAGAAAUCCAUGGAAAGGGUCUGACGCAUUGGGCCAAAAGGAAGAAUGUUCUGAUGAAGUUUACGAUGCUAAUUAUGAUAAAGGCUUUAGUUCAGACAGCUCUGCUGGGAAAAUUGAAGUAAGCAGUUCUAAACGAAGAAAGGAAAAAAAGCGACUAAAGUCCAAUAAGUAUGUUGAUUCUCCAAGUGCAGCCGGACAGAGUGUUAAAGAAACGUCUAUAUCUGAUGGCACUGAGUGGGCUUCCAAGGAGCUCUUGGAUUUUGUUGCGCACAUGAAAAAAGGUGAUACAUCUGUCUUGUCUCAGUUUGAUGUCCAGGCUCUCUUGUUAGACUAUAUAAAGAGAAAUAAUCUUCGUGAUCCUCGUCGAAAAAGUCAAAUUAUUUGUGAUUCAAGGCUAGAAAAUUUGUUCGGCAAAGUUCGUGUAGGGCAUUUUGAAAUGUUGAAGCUUCUGGAAGUGCACUUUCUUAUGAAAGAAGACUCACAUCCUGAUGAUGUUCAAAAGGGUAUUGUUGAUACUGAGGGGAGUCAGUUGGAGUUUGAUGAUAAUAAUGAUGCACUAACGAAGGCUAGUAAAGAUAAGAGACGUAAAACACGUAAAAUGGGGGAGGAGAAAGAGCCACAGAUAAAUCUUGAUGAUUAUGCAGCAAUUGAUGUGCACAACAUCAACUUAAUUUACCUGAGACGUAACCUGAUGGAGGAGUUACUUCAAGAUACUGAAACCUUCCACGACAAGGUUGUUGGCUCACUUGUUAGAAUUAGAAUAUCUGGCAGCGGUCAAAAGCAAGAUAUGUAUAGGCUUGUUCAAGUUGUAGGUACCUGCAUGGUGGAUGGACCUUACAAAACUGGCAAAGGGACUACAAAUAUCAUGCUCGAGAUAUUAAAUUUAAACAAGACAGAGAAAAUUUCAAUUGAUACAAUUUCAAACCAGGAGUUCUCUGUGGAUGAAUGCAAGCGUUUACGCCAGAGCAUAAAAUGUGGAUUUAUUAAACGAAUGAUAGUGGGUGAGAUUCAGGAGAAGGCCAUGGCCCUCCAAACAGUGAGAGUUAAUGAUUGGGUGGAAACUGAGAUAUUGCGGCUUAGUCAUCUUCGUGAUCGGGCCAGCGAAAAGGGGCGUAGAAAGGAGCUUAGAGAAUGUGUAGAGAAGUUGCAGCUCCUUAACACACCGGAAGAGCGCUCCCGUAGGCUACGGGAAAUUCCUGAAAUACAUGCUGAUCCUUACAUGGAUCCUAGCCAUGAAUCUGAUGAAGACGGAGGAGAACCUGAUGAUAAUAAAAGAGACAACUAUUCGAGACCAAGAGACGUUGGAUUUGGUUGGAAGGGAAGGGAACCAAUCUCUCCAGGAAAAGGAGGUUCAACUUCAAAUGAUAAUUCCUGGAGUGGAGCAAGGAAGAAUAUUUCUGCCAGCUGGGAACCAAGUAAAAUUGUUUCUGGAAAAGGCUCCUUGGAAAGAGGAGAUUUACACCAACCAACUUGGGAAAAAUCAAAAAUCCAGGUGGCCACAACUGGUUCUGACACAAGUGCUUGGACUAGCCAAGCCACUUUGAUUUCUGGGUCAUCAUCUGGGCUUGCAACAAUGAGUACACCAUCACCUUCAGUGCAGUCAUCUAAUAUCAGUGAUACAGAAAACAUGUGGCUUUACCGGGACCCAUCUGCGAAAAUCCAAGGACCAUUUUCUAUGGUUCAACUGCGUAAAUGGAGCACAACUGGGUACUUCCCUGCUGAUCUGAGAAUAUGGAGAACAACUGAGAGGCCAGAUGACUCAAUCCUUUUGGCUGAUGCAUUGAAUGGGAAGUUCUAUUUGGAGCCACCCCGGAGGGACAACAGCUUUUCUCAGUCUCAAAAGGCAAUAAUCACAUCUGAUAAUAGAGAAAAUAACUGGAGAGGAAACAAAAGCUCACCAUGGACAGAAAAAACACAGAGUGAUGGAAGCGGGAACCCAAGUUGGAAGGAUUCAGGCAGCCGUGUUAACAGUAAUGGUAAUGCUGGAUAUGCAAAAAAUGAUGGGUGGGCCUCUCGGUCAACUGGUUGGACUGCACAAGCAAUGGAAGCUGUCAAUCCCAAAGAAGUACAGGAUGGGAAUUCUUCACGAGGCUGGGACUCAUCAAAGGCAAACAGUGCUUGGUCUGGUCAGCCCCAAGUGCACAGUUCAAAUCCAUCAUCCAGAACGCCUUUACAGCAAGGAAGAGAUGGUCAAGGGGGAGAUGGAUGGAGUUCUGGUCAGAAUCACGGAACUUGGAAUGCAAAUAGAUCCAAUGAGAUUCAAUCUAGCAGUGGAUAUGGCCAUGAGAAGCGUUCUGGUAAUUGGGGUUCUUCAGUCCAAUCAUCUCUGGAAAGUGGUAGAUCCGAACCGGAAAAUAGUAAGAGCUGGUCUACCGCAUAUUCAGCUGAGGCACCUAAAUUUGCUAGAGAUGGCUGGGCUUCUGACCAUGGCAGAAGAAAUGAUUCAUCCAACCUCCCAACUCCUACUCCGAAGCCAAUUAGUUCAGGCUGGAUUGGGGGGGCAGGUUUCAGUUCCUAGUCGUCCUGCAAAUUUUGGCUGGGGACCAACUCAAAGCCCAGGAGUAAAUGUGUCACAACAUUCUCCUGCUGCUGUUCCUGAACCUCUCAAGAGUACAUCUGAUUGGAGUGAGCACCGCCAUAUUUCUGUAAAGCCCUCGCUUGGGGGAUGGGACUCCCACUUUAAUUCUUCUUCCAUGCCCAAACCAUCUGAGAC